AACAGAUUGAGGUGGCUUCGUGGCCAUGCGCCAUUUGAACAUUGGGUGCCUGAUAUACAGUUAUGAUAUAAGGCAGGUCGUUAUAAUUUUUUAAUAUGGGGGUGAUGAUGGGUGAAGUAAACGACAUGGUGUUGCAUAUGCAACGGUUCUCGUGGGUGGAUUAUGUGGUGUUUAUGUUGAUGUUGGCUAUAAGUGCGGUGGUUGGGGUGUACUGGGGUUUCAUGAAGAAGCAAACUACUCAAAAUGAUUAUUUGCUCGGCGGCAGAAAUAUGAAGGUAGUGCCUGUAUCCAUGUCCUUGGUGGCAAGUUUCGUCUCCGGAAUAACCCUGUUGGGUUCCCCUACGGAGGUGUAUAUAUACGGUACCCAAUACGUGUUCAUAAUGGGUGGCAUAUUUCUGAUGUCCUUCGUCAUGGCACAAGUCUACCUUCCCGUCUUCCAUGAGCUCAAAAUAACUUCCAAUUAUGAGUACUUAUCCAUGCGUUUUGACAAUAGAGUGCGAUUGUUCGGUUCUGUGCUAUUCGCGUUUACUUUGAUAGGUUGGCUCCCAAUCGUAAUAUAUGUACCGGCUUUGGCGUUUAAUCAAGUUACCGGCGUAAAUAUCCACGUUAUCACACCAAUAGUUUGCCUCGUUUGUAUCUUCUAUACUAGCGCCGGUGGUUUACAAGCGGUCGUGUGGACUGACGUGAUCCAGAUAACCGCCAUGUUUGGAGCGAUGGCUUUAGUAGCAGUGAAGGGAACCAUAGACGUUGGGGGAAUAGGUGUUGUGUGGCAAAGGAACAUGGAUAGCGGGCGCAUCGAUCCUCCAAAUUGGGAUCCCAAUCCUUUGGCACGUCACACAGUAUGGAGUUUGGUGGUUGGUGGUUUUGUAUAUUGGCUCCAGGCAAAUUCAGUUAAUCAAACUAUGGUGCAAAGAUAUUUGGCCUUACCUACUCUACGAGGAGCGAAAUGCGCCGUGGUAUUAUUCUGUAUUGGAAUAUCGGUUCUGAUAUCCUUCUGCUUAUAUUGCGGGUUGUUAAUAUACGCAAGAUUCCAUGACUGUGAUCCUCUGCAGACUAAGCUGGCCAAGGCCAAGGACCAACUUCUGCCAUUGUUAGUGAUGGACGUGCUCGGCGACAUUCCGGGCCUGCCUGGAGUCUUCGUGGCAGGCAUUUUUAGUGCUGCUCUUAGCUCAUUGUCAACGAGUUUGAACUCAAUGUCGGCUGUAGUGUUGGAGGACUUCUACAAGCCCUUCUUCAAGAAGGAGUUGUCAGAUAAACAAGCUAACUGGCUCAUGAGAGGCGUCGUCGUUCUUCUAGGCACUCUCUGUGUAGGCUUGGUGUUUGUCGUCGAGAAAAUGGGUACAGUUCUGCAGUUAACGAUGACAUUGGAAGCCAUGACUAUGGGCCCACAGUUGGGUGUGUUCUCUAUGGGGAUCUUAAUGCCGUGGGUUGACGCCACGGGUGCCCUAGUGGGUGGGAUCUGUGGUCUAGCGACGAUGGCUUGGUGGUGCCUUACCGCCCAGAUGGCUAUCGCCCGUGGUCAAAUCGUCCAUCCCCAUAAAGAUUUGACCACCGCAGGAUGCCAGUACAAUUAUACGGUGGUGGAAACGACUACAGUGAACUAUGAACACAUGGAAGCCGCCAACCCUGUUAUUCGAGUAUCAUACAUGUGGUACACACUAGCGGGGGCGCUGGUGACCAUAUGCAUUGGCGCGGCUGUGUCGCGGGUCAACCGCGUGCGGGGCGCCGCGCAUGUGCCGCCCGCGCCAAACCUACUCGCGCCACAACUCAGAAGACUGUACAAGGACCCGCCGCACCCCGCGGACGAACCUUACAUCCGAGCUUACGGCAACAACAAGGAAUCACGCCAACUCAACUCUGCCUCCAUCAGCAUGAAGCCAAUAAGUGAGAUUGAAGAGAUCAGCUGAAGUUCAAAAACUGACAUUUUUACUCUCAGAC